GUCAUUCAGUCAACCCGUCACCAUGGAUACCACAAGUGCCCUUCCACAUUCACCCAGCUUUGAACUCAUCUGGAGCGACCUUUGACCCGAGCUUUCCUAUAACAGCCCCAUGUGGCUAUAAAUUUGCCCAUGAUUCAUUGACAGGACAGUUUUUCAUUGUCCCCACUGGAGAUUUUGCUGAGCAGGGAGGUGUGUGGCCAGCUGCAAGUUUUCCUCCUGCUCCAGGAGCACACUUUCAGUCAAGUAUUUCUGUUCCAGCCGUAAAUAUUAGUGGACCAGAGGCAAAAGAUGAAAACAGUAGCACUUCAGCACUGAAAUCAGCAAGUGGAAAUGUGACAGCAGCUGCUGUAACUUCAGCGGCGAGUCUACCUUCCGUCUUACAAACUGAUGUUUUAAAAGUGACACCACCAGUGUUAGAAGACAGAGGUUGUUCUCCUGUUGUUUUUGAAGACAUCUCAACAUUGUUAUCAUCACAGCAUCAAACAUUAAAGAAUGUGACCAGCUGUACUGUUGAAACACAGACAUGCAAUGAGUUUGUGAAAUCAAAUAUCACAGAAAAGUUAUCAGCUCCUAGGUUAAUUCUUCAGGAUCAAGCUGUUCAGGCUUCCUUCCCAGACAUUUCUGUACUGAAUCCACUUUCAGUGCAGUGUCCUGACCAUGAUUCUGUUGAUGUCUUGACCAGGUCACAUGAAGUGAAGACUAACACUGAUCGAGCAUCCUACAAUCCCUUUACUGACCCUCAGAUUCUGCAAGCUGCUGAUGGCCUUGAACUUCUGAGCACUCUUGCAGAGAAAAGGACCAAGUGUUCCUCUUUCGAUGACCCGAAAAGGAUAUUUCCUUCUCCUAGCGACUCUUUUAAGUCUGACUGUGCCAGCAUUGUAGCUACAGAGGAGACUCUGUCACCAGAGGAUACAGAGCCAAAGAGUGGUCAGUGCACACCAAGAAGGGACUUCAGGAGAGAUUUAUCACCAAAAUGGUCAAUCCCUAAGAAAGAGCUUCAGACAAGCUCAAUAUUUGCAGAUUUCAAAACUCCUACAGAUAUUGAAAUACCUGAGGAGUCUAAGAUGAGGGUAAAGCUCGCCGAGGUACGGAGAAAGUAUAAGGAGAAACAGAAGGAGUUGGCUAAACUGCAGAGCAAGAAAUCUGAAGAGGCUAAACCAUCCAAAAGGGGACCAGGCAGGCCCCCCAAGAAGAAGCUGCAUAAUAAAAGGUCAGACGAUGAGAGCUCUAGCAGUUCAUCUAAAACAAAGGACCACCACCAGCCACUGAAAAAGAAAAGGCCAGCGGAGGAGCUUGUUGACAGAGUCUUUAGGAAGUUACCACCUGUUAUAAAGUCAAGCAAAGUGAGCAGAUCCAUUCAUUAUGUCAAAAGUAAGACUGGGCCAUUUUUCAGAAGGAAGUCAGCUUCAAGUUCUGUCAAACGUAAUAAAGACACUGGGAAUAUUUUCACAAACUUGGAGAGCUUUAGCGGUGAUUACCUCAAAAGGCGAGAGAAGGCAUUUAAGCAUCAAUCACACAAGCAGAAAAAGCAUUUAUAUCGAUCUGGCCAUACAGCCAUUAAAUCUGAGACUUGUUCACUUACCUGUCAUCAGGAGUCUGGCCUGGGACUCCUAGUCAAGUUUGCACUGACAGUCUCCACAACAUCUCAGUCAUCAUCCAAUGUUUCCUUGUCUCUGUCAUCAUUGACAGCAGCCUCCUCAUCUUCUGCCUCUGUGAGAGAGAGCCAGUCUUCAAUUGGUUGCUUCAACAGUGGUGUCUUUAGCACUAGCAACAAUACCAACUACUGCAGUAGUCUAUACAGCAGCUGCAGCAGCUUGUACAACAUGAAUAGCAACACAAGUCAUGGAAGUCAGGCCCCAGGUGUCACAUUUGGGUCUCUGAGCAGCCUUAUGUCCUCCCCGAGCUCAGGUCCAAUCAGCUUUACAAGUCCCAGCCUGACAGCAGGAAGUCACAACUGCGGAACUCCAGCUGCAAAAUCUAUCUCCACAUUUGCUGCAGCUGCAGCUUCUUCUCCAUUAGCAUCUGUGAUUGGUUCACCAUCAGCAUCCGUUUACACUGUUUCUCCAUUGUUUCCUUCGCCUGGAGCUCAGCAGUCCUCAGCCGAAGAGUCCAGCGGUGGAUUGAGCAGUGGAACAUCCAGCAUCAGCAGUGGAAGUGCCAGCUUCAGCACAUCAAGCAGUAGUACUGCUAGUGGCAGUACAAGCUGUGGAAUGGACAUCAGCCCAUUGAAGAAAAAGCCUGAUGAUGAUUAUGACACAGACACCAGUGAUACCAGUCCGAAUAAGAAGAGGAAGCCUGGCCGUCCUCGGAAGAUUAAUCCAGAAAAGUCCUCAGUUGGAACAGAAACAAUCUGGGCAAAAAAAUCAAACACAAUUGGGAUGCUCCAGGAACCAGGCUGUCUCCAAAAUAAAGAUGCAAUUAGAAAGUCGGAUGCUUCUGUGACUACACAGGUGGAGGAUGAAUGGAGACUGCGUCGUCGUAGUGAGCGAAUAUUUCUCGGCGAACCAAGCCCUCAGUCCUCACCAUCUCUUUCUCCAUCACCGUCUGAACCUGUGUGGAAGCUUUCCAACUUCAUGCCCAAGGGUAAGAGGGCACUGGAAGACAACAAAUGUAUAAAGGAAUUUGAUAAAGAUGUGAGAAAAGCAGUUUCCUCGAAAGAUCAGAUAUCUUUGAGUUCCCCACACGUUUCCUCUGUUUCAUCUCCAACAGUGUCUUCCACUUCCACAGUGCAAGCUGAAGAGAAGGACUAUGCCUCACCUGUGUCAUCAGUUGUACCUCAUAAGGCAGUAGUAGAGCCUUCCAUAUCAAAAGUAGACAAUGUCAAAGUUGUUGUUAAAUUAGAAGAUGCAGUAAAAGGUUCACCAUUGUUUUCAUCUUCACCUCUUGAAAAAUCAAGAAAGACUUAUGAAGAUAUAGCUCAUAACAAGAAGAAAUCAAAGGAAAAGAGGACAAAGAUGGAAGUAUCGCCAUCAAAAUCCAUGUCACUACAUUUAGCAACAGCAGUAGAGGAAAAAGUGAAACGUGCUGAGGAGCACAGCAAAAUUAAACUUCAGAAAGCAAAAAGUUUGCACGAUCUUACACAGAGAGUCAAAAAGAAGUACUCAAAGUCUUGUAUGAAGAAGCGAAAAGAUGAUCAGGACACAAAGUCUAGAAAGAAGAGAAGGAAAAUUGACUCUGACUCCAGUGACAGUGUUAACUCGUCUUCAGAUUCAGUCACGGAGAAUACACUUACAUCUGAGCCUCGUUCUUGCAAGCUGCAACAGUCUGAUCUAAAAGAAGGCCUGAAGGUUCUGUAUCUUAUAGAUGGACUUUUCCAUGAAGGCACAGUGAAGGCAUUACAGCCUCCGGAUGUUUAUGGUGUCCUAACAGCCGGCCAGAGAGGAAAUAGGCCUCACAUUCUGAGCCUUGAAGAGAUACUCAAGUUUGCUGUUUUGGAUAUGAAACCUGACAGUGUUCUCAAAGUGCCAGAAGGUACACGUAUUUGUGCAUUUUGGAGCCAACAGUUCUCUUGCCUUUACCCCGGGAACUCAAAACCAAUAUAUAAUGGCAACAAGGUGGCAAUCCCUGUAGAGUUUGAUGAUGGAGAUAACGGGAAAAUAGAACUUGAUCACAUUCGACUGCUUCCUCCAGAAUUUCCUAUUGUUGAAUAUGAACCUGACCCACUGGAAGUCUUGCCUAAAAGAAAACAAAGAUCAUCAGAUUCCUCAGAUGUAAGAAAAUCCAUGGAAACAGCGUCAACAAAUAAACAGUUGGAGUCAGAAGAGGACAAUGAUGAAGAUGGUAGUGAAAGUAAAACUGAUGCAGAUUCUGAUGACUUAGGUGUCAUGGUCACAUAUGAGGCUUGGAAAUGGCAUGGUAAAGGUGUCAAGAGAAUUGGCCCAAAGGGAAAAUCCAAGAAGGUAUUUUACAAAGCAGUAACCCGAGGUCAAGAAACAAUUCAAAUUGGCGACUCAGCAGUUUUUGUGUCCAAAGACGGAUCCCAGUGUCCCUAUAUUGGACACAUUGAAAGUCUCUGGGAGUCUGUCAAUGGUCAGAUGAUGGUCAAAGUUCGCUGGUACUAUCAUCCUGAAGAGACUCAUUCAAACAGGAAACUGUCAGACCCCAAGAAUGCACUGUUUGAAUCUCAGCACAAAGAUGAAAAUGACAUACAGACAAUUGCUUACAAAUGUGAGGUUUUGCCGUACGCCCAGUUCCGAAAAAGGACCAGCCAGGCUGCUAAGAAUGUAGAGCCACUUGGUGCUAAUGUUUUCUAUCUGGCCGGUUGCUACGAUCCUUCUGCCAAAAGUAUCACAUUUUACCAAGGUGUUUCUUGA